AUGUCGAAAUAUUUUGGAACCAACCAUUAUUCAUCUAAACCACCAUUGCUUCGUUCAACAGACGAUUUUUUUCUGUUUCUUAAUGAAAAAUUGACAAACGAUGUUUUAGUGAAUGAUGAAUGCAUAGCAAUUGAUUGUGAAAUGGUUGGAGUUGGUUAUCAGGGGAGAGAGUCAGCACUUGCUAGAGUCAGCAUUGUAAAUUAUUAUGGGACGAAAUUACUUGAUAAAUACGUCAAGCCGAAAAAAGUAGUCAUGGAUUAUCGUACACCGUACAGUGGAAUCACUAAAGAACUUUUAGAAAAUGCUCAUGAUUUUGAUGAAGUUCAACGUGAAGUUCAGGAAUUAAUGAAUGGAAAAUUGAUAAUUGGUCAAUCUCUUGGUUAUGACUUUAAUGUUUUAAAAUUGGACUAUCUAGCAAGCUCCACGAUGAUACGUGAUACUUCACAUUAUUAUUACUUAUUUGGCGAUAAAUUUGGAAGGAAACCUAACAAGAGCACUUCUCUUAAAACAUUGGCAAAAGAAGUUUUAGGUCUACAGAUACAAGAAGGCAUGCAUGAUUCGGUUGAAGAUGCAAAAACUUGCAUGUUACUUUAUCGACUGAAGCAAAAUGAAUGGGAAACUCCUAUGAAUGCAGCGAGAAGAUCAUCAUUGGAUAUAGGCAAAUGCUACAUCUGCAAAUCACCCAAUCACGUCAAACGUCAAUAUUUGCCACCUCUUCCAAUUGAAUUUCAAAAAGGUCCAUUGUUGGUGGAAAUUCUAAUUUGA